CUGACUCACAGAGAAAGUAGCUGUUAAUGUCGGCGUAGACUGAAGCUCACCCAUACCCAUGACUCCUCUGGUUUCCACUCAAAGACAGUGAGGAGGAAGCGUAUACUUGAAAAUUAAUUAAAGCAAGUAUUAAUAGAAGUGUAAGUGUGUGUAUUAAAUGCUCAUUAGCUAAUUAACUCAUUAAAAAGAAGACCAUACAUUUUUUUUUAAUCUAAGUUUUACUCAAAAGUAGUAGUUGGAAGUUGAAAGAGAGUGAAGUAAGCGAGAGAAAGGAAGGAAGUGGAUUGGAUUCAAGUUUAAUGAAAUCUUAAUUGAAAACAGUUCAAAGGAAUUGCGGUUUGAGAUGCAUGAAGAAGAAGACUCGUCGGUGGUGGAGAUUCAGAUAAUGCAUUUUGAAUUGAAGAAAAUGUGAUUGUGAUUUUAACGGACAUAAGAGAAGAGAAGAGGAGAUCGAGAGAGAAAUGGAGUCACGAAUGGAUCAGUAUGAAAUCAUGGAGCAGAUCGGUCGUGGUGCUUUUGGUGCUGCUAUUCUUGUUCAUCAUAAAUCCGAGAGGAAGAAGUAUGUGUUGAAGAAGAUCAGGCUUGCGAGACAAACUGAGAGAUGCCGGAGAUCUGCUCAUCAAGAAAUGGCGCUGAUUGCGCGAAUUCAGCAUCCGUACAUUGUGGAAUUUAAAGAAGCAUGGGUUGAGAAGGGUUGCUAUGUUUGUAUUGUUACCGGAUAUUGUGAAGGUGGAGAUAUGGCUGAAUUGAUGAAAAAAUCAAAUGGGGUGUAUUUUCCUGAAGAGAAACUCUGCAAGUGGUUCACUCAACUACUGUUAGCGGUGGAAUAUCUGCAUGGCAAUUUUGUUCUACAUCGGGACCUGAAACACUCUCUUUGCAGUGUUCCAACAUCUUUCUUACCAAAGAACAGGAUGUUCGCCUUGGUGGUUGGAACUCCUAAUUACAUGUGCCCUGAACUACUUGCAGAUAUUCCUUAUGGUUUCAAAUCAGAUAUUUGGUCCUUGGGGUGCUGUAUGUAUGAGAUGGCUGCUCGUCGUCCUGCCUUUAAAGCUUUUGACAUGGCAGGAUUGAUUAGCAAGAUAAAUCGUUCUUCUAUUGGCCCGUUGCCUUCCUGCUAUUCUCCGUCUUUGAAAACACUCAUUAAAGGCAUGCUGAGAAAGAAUCCUGAGCAUCGUCCAAAUGCAUCCGAGAUUUUGAAGCACCCAUACUUGCAGACAUAUGUCGAUCACUACCGUCCAUCCUUCAGUCCUCCCACAUCCUGCUCUCCUGAGAAACCUAUUCCUAGAAGUCGUGAAUCUCGAAGAAGUAUGGAUGAAAGCCAGACCAGUAAUAGUUCUAGUAGUGAUAAGGAUAGUUUGCCUCCAAGUGAUCGGAAUAUCCCAGCAGUGGUCUCAAAUUGUGACAAUAAAGCCACUGAUACAGAUUUAGCUUCUGUUGGUGAUGAAGAUGGGACCAAGGAGCCCAUGCCAAGCGAAGAAGAAAAAAGUCCCAAUGUUUGCAUUGUCAAAAUGAAUGAGCAGAGGGUGAUGAAACCUUCUCAUAAUGAACAUGGAUGCAAUGUCGAACCAAAGCAACCAAAAACUAUCAAAGGUAUUAUUAUGAUGGCCUUAAAAGAAGGAAAACCUAGAGAAAAUAGUUCCUCGUCGAGAGGAAAUCAUACAAAGUCUGGAAGUGCACCAACACAAAGAAGUAACAUAGAAGCAUCACCAAAAGCUCUUGUACCUAAUGCCCUUGCAUCUGGUUUAAAGUCUAAUGCAGAUACACCAACUGUUGCACCAGCAAAAGCAGCCUUGGAUUCUGCAAAGCGGGUCCAGGGAUCACAUCCUUUGAAACACCUGGUGCCUAUAAUUGAGUCCUCACUGAAGACUAAACUCAGACAUGAUGGGACUCCUCCACCUGUUCCAAUUAAACAUGUUGAUGAUGAUGGACUUGCCAUGAAGCCAAGGCAAAGAACACCUAGUCUAUUUAGGCGAUCCUCAUUUCCUGGAAGGACAAGACAAACAGGAGCUGAUGUUCCAAAUGGAAACAUGAAGUUGAGUCCAACUAAGAAAAACCAAGAACCUGAAAAUACGUAUCAAGUUCCUGAUGGUCGCCCUUCUUUUUCCAAGGAGGUAUCGCAAGAGUCUCAAAAAGCUCUAUUCAGAGCCUGCAAAGGAAAGCAGGCAGAAAGCAGUAAUUCUGUCUCAUCUUCAAUGUCAAUUCAAUCUUUUGAGCUUUGUGAUGAUGCAACAACUCCAUUUGUUGCCAUGCCUGAACAGACACUUCCUAAUCACGAGGCAGUCAUCUGCACGGAAAGCUUAGAAAAUCAUCCACCUGGUUGUUCUUCUGCUACCACUUCGCAUUCUGGCAUGUCUGAAAAUUUGUCUAGGGAAAACAGUGCAUGUGCUGGAUGUGCUCAUAAAUCCAUACUAUGCUCAGCGGAAACCUCAAAUGUUGUCACAGAUCUUCACAAGAAAACUGUUGGUGAUGGGAGAGAGGGUGCAAGUAGUGCUCUGAAUCUGACAGUCUCAAGUUUUGAAGAGAGAUUUAUUUGUAAAGAUACUAAUACCCAAUUAAGCAGGCCAAGUACUGGCCCUGAUAUGGUGCCCCAAUCAAAUCUUAUAUCUGCAUCUGGUGGUGACGACAAGUUCACAGUAAGAGAACUUCUAUCACCAGUUUCAGAAACCACUCCUUCCAUUACCUCACCAAUGUCAACGAGCCAAAAGAAUUUGCAGUCAGAAAAAGCUGCCAUUUUACAAAAUUCAACUGUUGAAAAACCCACUGCUGCCCAUCUGUCUCCUGCUUUUGAUGAUGUAAUACAUGUUAUACGGCACAGUAGUUUCCGUGUUGGGACUGAGCAGCCAGCUAUGGAAACUGUGGAGAUGGGGAUUCAAAAUGUGGAUGUGGGAAAGCUAUUAAAUGUAGUAGGAGAUGAACUCGAAAUGAGAAAUGUGAGUACGCCGAUGGCUCUAAAAUCAUCAAAUUGCUCUGAAGCUGUGAGUUUGAAAUCAAGUCUUUCAGAUCAUUUCAGCAUUAAAGAAAUUGAUUUGAGAAACAUCAGCCCUCUGGUUCCACAAUUUGAUUUAUCGGAGCUACCAAAAUCCAACUCCCCCGUCACUGAAGAGGAAGCAGCAGCAAGGGAAACUUUGGAUGUUAAAUCUUUCAGGCAAAGGGCAGAGGCACUUGAAGGACUUCUAGAAUUGUCUGCUGACUUGCUUCAGCAAAGCAGGUUAGAAGAGCUUGCGGUUGUUUUAAAACCUUUCGGGAAAGAUAAAGUCUCUCCAAGGGAGACAGCUAUCUGGUUAGCUAAGAGUCUGAAAGGAAUGAUGGCCGAGGACAGUGGACGGAGUUCAUGAAUCAUGAUAUCCGUUGAAUUCUGUUCCGUUUAGUGACGCGGCGGAGGCAAGAAGCAGCUUGGAAGAAUCUGAAGUCGACUUCAUGAAGUUUCCUCUCUUCGGACAGGGACGGCUAAAUACUACACUCCUAUAAUAUUACUAGGAAUUUUCCUUAAAAAGAAUCACGCGUCUUGGUCUUUUUAUUUUCCUAAUAAACUUACCCAACAGUUGAAUAUUUCUCUCUAACCACAGCUUCUCUGUGACUCUUCCCAAACACAAAGCCAAGCCAGAAUAUCCUCAUGGAGCAUACUAAUAACUACAACAAUCGUACAACUUCCGAUCAGCUGCCAACCCAGCAGUCCUUUCAAAUUCAGUACUCCUCCCCCUCCAAUGCCACUCGGCCUGUUGGGUCAACGAAGAGACGUCCUUCCUUUGUUCCCCGGUUAACGUUGAUGGUGGUGAUGUUUUUCUUCAUACUAUGCUUGAUCAUCUUCAUUGCAUGGCUUGUCAUACACCCUCUUGAUCCUGCUAUUCGACUCAAUUCCCUAUCUGUCUCCAACAUCACAGUCUCUAAUCCUCAAUUUGCUGCAAAGUACGACAUCGAAUUCACUGUGAAUAACACUAACAAGAAGGUCAACUUGUUCGUCGACCAAGUCGAAGUCAUCGUGAAUUAUAGAAAGGGCCUCCUUUCCAGUACUCAGAUUCUUGGAAAAGGUGAGUAUCUUGGAAAGAUGAGUGAGGCAAGGUUGAGGGUUGAGUUGGGAAGGGACGCGGUUUGUUCGUUGAAGGAUAGGGUUUUUAAGGAUAUAAGUGAUGAGUGGAGCAAAAAGAUGGUAAAUUUCAAUGUCAAAUUGUCUAUGACUGCAGGAUUUGAAAUUGGUGUUCUGCCAACCAAGCAAAGAAUCAUGGAGUUUCAGUGCAUGAAUUUAACUGUUGAAUUCUUCUCUACAAAGGGGACAGGGAAGCUCAUGAGCGGAGGGAAGGAUUGCUUGCGUCAUGCCUGAUGUCUUCCUACCUCUUCCUUCCGAUCCAAUUAGUAGCGCCGCCUGUUCUUUACAUAAUAAUGUGAUUUUUCACUUUAUUAUUGAGCUGAUUUAUCUUUGAAUAUAAGUUACAUUUUAAUUUAUUUUUAUGAUAAGGUUUUUAGAUUAAACCA